CCCGCGUCGUCUUCCCAGCCGCUGGCUUCCCAUCGUGCUCCGCGGCCGUGUGGAGCGAGGCCUUGUUCCCGCGUUGAGCCGCCGCCGCCGCCGCCGCCUCCUCACCGUCAAGCCUCCGCGCCAGGCCCGGCCCAGCCACGCCAUGUCGGACUACAGCACCGGAGGCCCCCCGCCAGGCCCGCCGCCGCCCGCCGGAGGGGGAGGAGGAGCGGCGGGCGCGGGAGGAGGCCCUCCUCAGGGCGCGGGGGACCGGGGCGGCGGAGGCCCCGGCGGCGGCGGCCCUGGUGGAGGAGGCGCGUCUGGAGGUCCCGCGCAGCCUCCCGGCGGGNGUGGCCCAGGAAUCCGCAAGGACGCGUUUGCCGACGCCGUGCAGCGGGCCCGCCAGAUUGCAGCUAAAAUCGGAGGCGAUGCAGCUACCACCGUGAAUAACAACACUCCUGACUUUGGUUUUGUGGGCCAAAAGAGACAGCUGGAAGAUGGAGACCAGCCGGAGAGCAAGAAACUGGCCUCCCAGGGAGAUGCGAUCAGUUCUCAACUUGGACCCAUCCACCCUCCACCCAGGACUUCAAUGACAGAAGAAUACAGGGUCCCAGACGGCAUGGUGGGCUUGAUCAUUGGCAGAGGAGGCGAGCAGAUCAACAAGAUCCAGCAGGAUUCGGGCUGCAAGGUCCAGAUCUCACCAGAUAGUGGCGGCCUUCCUGAGCGCAGCGUGUCCCUGACUGGAGCCCCUGAAUCUGUCCAGAAGGCAAAGAUGAUGCUAGAUGACAUUGUGUCUCGGGGCCGAGGGGGCCCCCCAGGACAGUUCCACGACAACGCCAACGGGGGCCAGAAUGGCACCGUGCAAGAGAUCAUGAUCCCUGCAGGCAAAGCUGGCCUGGUCAUCGGCAAGGGUGGGGAGACCAUCAAACAGCUGCAGGAGCGUGCUGGGGUCAAGAUGAUUUUAAUUCAGGAUGGCUCCCAGAACACAAAUGUGGACAAGCCGCUGCGGAUCAUCGGGGACCCCUACAAAGUGCAGCAAGCCUGCGAGAUGGUAAUGGACAUCUUGCGAGAGCGUGACCAGGGCGGCUUUGGGGACCGCAGCGAGUAUGGCUCUAGGGUCGGCGGGGGCAUCGAUGUGCCUGUGCCUAGGCACUCUGUCGGUGUGGUCAUUGGGCGGAGCGGAGAGAUGAUCAAGAAGAUCCAGAAUGAUGCAGGCGUGCGCAUACAGUUCAAGCAAGAUGAUGGAACAGGCCCUGAGAAGAUUGCUCACAUCAUGGGGCCCCCAGAACGUUGUGAGCACGCAGCCCGGAUCAUCAAUGACCUUCUGCAGAGCCUACGGAGUGGACCCCCAGGUCCUCCAGGGGGCCCUGGCAUGCCACCUGGGGGCCGGGGCCGAGGCCGAGGCCAAGGCAGCUGGGGUCCCCCUGGCGGGGAGAUGACCUUCUCUAUACCCACGCACAAGUGUGGGCUGGUCAUCGGUCGAGGUGGGGAGAACGUGAAGGCCAUCAACCAGCAGACGGGUGCCUUUGUAGAGAUCUCUCGGCAGCUGCCACCAAAUGGGGACCCCAACUUCAAGCUGUUCAUCAUCCGAGGCUCGCCCCAGCAGAUAGACCACGCCAAGCAGCUCAUUGAGGAGAAGAUAGAGGGUCCCCUCUGCCCAGUCGGACCAGGUCCCGGGGGACCAGGGCCUGCCGGUCCCAUGGGGCCCUUCAACCCUGGGCCCUUCAACCAGGGGCCUCCAGGGGCACCCCCACAUGCUGGCGGGCCCCCACCUCACCAGUACCCACCCCAGGGCUGGGGCAGCACCUAUCCCCAGUGGCAGCCACCAGCUCCUCAUGACCCAAACAAAGCUGCUGCUGCUGCAGACCCCAGUGCAGCCUGGGCAGCCUACUACUCGCACUACUACCCACAGCCCCCAGGCCCUGCUCCAGGCCCUGCCCCGGCCCCUGCGGCCCCGCCUGCACAGGGGGAGCCCCCCCAGCCCCCACCUGCUGGCCAGUCAGACUAUACCAAGGCCUGGGAGGAGUAUUACAAGAAAAUAGGCCAGCAGCCCCAACAGCCAGGAGCACCCCCGCAGCAGGACUACACAAAGGCUUGGGAGGAGUACUACAAGAAGCAAGCGCAAGUGGCCACUGGUGGGGGCCCAGGAGCACCCCCUGGCUCCCAGCCCGACUACAGCGCAGCCUGGGCUGAGUACUACAGACAGCAGGCCGCCUACUACGGACAGACCCCAGGCCCCGGGGGCCCCCAGCCACCCCCUACCCAGCAGGGACAGCAGCAGGCAAGUGGGAACUGCCACCCCCCUCCUCCUCCUUUCUCCUUCCAACCCCCGGCCACCGUCCAUCCUGCCUUAGUGGGUAGCGCCGGGAACCCCUUCCCUUGCGGGGUGUGCCCUUGAUGCCUGCCUGGGCGCCUGGCCAGUCUCCGGGAGCCCCGCAGCCCCGCCAACGCCGGGAAGUGCCCGUCGGGUCCAGAGGCUCACGGAAGAAGCUCCACAGCCGCUGUCGGGGUGCGAUGCUGUCGGGGUGCUGGGGAGUGCCAGCCGCAAGGUGGAACUUUGAACUGGUGGGUAGUCUUGGGGUGGGACAGGAAGCAGGCCCCUGCACUGGGCGCCAAACUGGCUGCUGAACCCACUUACUCAAAUCUGGCCAUUUGGGAAGAAAACGUCUAUUUUUUUCCCCUUCUCUGUAUCACUGUUUUGGGUUUCGUUCUUUUUUAUUUUUUUAUUUUUAUUUUUUUUUAAGCCACAGCCUUUAUCCCCCAUGUCCAAGUGACUGUGUGUUGUGGGUGGCUCUGCCCUGUGGGAAUUGAGGGGAGCCUGGAGCUGCCAAGGGGACUGAGGGGCUCAGCUGCCUCUCCCAUGCUCGCCUCUGUUGUGGUCUUGUCUGUGAAGUGGGCGUGACCAUCGUUGCCACCUUCCAACCUACCUCACAGGGGUGUUGUGGGGACAAGUGAUCUGUGCUGAUGUUGUGACAUGCUGAGCCUCCACCUCCUCCCUCCCUCCCUGCCACCCUCAGUGGGUGCCCCUUCCUCCUGCUCCUCUUCCUCCUCCUGCUCCUCCUCCUCCUCCUUCUUGCUUCUCCACCAAGGAGCAGUGACUUCAGCCGAGUCCCCCAGAUAGACAGACAGGCAGUCCCGGGGCCUGCUGGCCUACGGGUGUGGGGCGCCCCUGUGCCCUGCCCUCCCCACCAUGACGCCUCCUAUCUCUUCCCUCUCCGCAGGCGCAAUGAAUCGAAUGAAUGUGAACUUCAUCUGUGAAAAUCUUUAUUUUUCUCCAUUUUUGUUCCAUUGGGGGCUUGUUUUGUUGGUUUUCUAUAUUUGGUUGGUUUUAUGAGAGUAAUGACCGCCUGGGGUGCCAGGGGGGUCCCUGGCCAAGGCUCUUGCUCAUUCUGUAUCUUACCCCCAUUUUCCUUCCUAAAUUGGGGUCGUUCAUGUCGAGCCAGCCUUAGAAAAUAGCGAAAAUUUAACCUCUGCCAAAAAAAAAAGUUUAAAAAUUAAACAGACAAAGCAGAAAAGCUAUAAAGUGAUAUAUAGAGAAUAUAUAGACAUAUCCCAGCCUCCGUGAGCCCACCUCCCUGGGGACAGCGAUUCAUUCCCCCCACCCCGGGGCCCUCUUCUUGUUUUUAAAAUAAACUUUUUAAAAGGAAAAAAAAAAAACACUCUUGCUAUUUCUUUUUUGUUUUUAGUUAGA